CAAGAAAACACUUUUUUAUAAGAAGAAAUUAGAAAGAAAAAAAAAACAAUUGAUAAAUUAAAUAGCCCUGUGUCGUCGUCGAACUUUGAGAUCUGUAGAAGAAGAUGAGCGACGGAGACGACGCUGCUAGACGCCGUACCGCUGCGGUGACUGAGUACCGGAAGAAGCUCCUUCAUCACAAAGAGCUCGAAUCCCGUGUCCGCACAGCAAGGGAGAAUUUAAGAGGAGCUAAAAAGGAAUUCAACAAAACCGAGGAUGAUUUGAAGUCUCUUCAAAGCGUUGGCCAGAUUAUCGGAGAAGUACUACGUCCUCUUGAUAAUGAGCGAUUGAUUGUUAAGGCAAGUAGUGGCCCUCGUUAUGUGGUGGGUUGUCGUAGCAAGGUGGACAAGGAAAAGCUGACUUCAGGAACUCGAGUUGUCUUGGAUAUGACUACGCUAACGAUUAUGCGAGCCCUUCCCCGUGAAGUCGAUCCUGUUGUUUAUAACAUGUUGCAUGAAGAUCCAGGCAACAUUAGUUACUCGGCUGUGGGUGGUUUAGGUGAUCAGAUCAGGGAACUUAGGGAGUCUAUUGAGUUGCCGCUCAUGAAUCCUGAACUUUUCCUCAGAGUAGGGAUUAAACCUCCUAAGGGUGUCCUUCUGUAUGGACCUCCGGGUACUGGAAAAACUCUAUUAGCAAGGGCUAUUGCCAGCAACAUCGAUGCCAACUUCUUGAAGGUUGUAUCAAGUGCAAUCAUAGACAAAUACAUUGGAGAAAGUGCUAGGUUGAUUCGAGAAAUGUUUAACUAUGCUCGUGAACACCAGCCUUGUAUCAUUUUCAUGGAUGAAAUAGAUGCUAUUGGUGGGCGCCGAUUUAGCGAAGGAACUAGUGCUGAUCGUGAAAUUCAAAGAACACUUAUGGAGUUACUCAACCAGCUUGAUGGGUUUGACCAACUUGGAAAGGUGAAAAUGAUAAUGGCCACCAACAGGCCGGAUGUUCUUGAUCCAGCACUUCUCCGUCCGGGUAGGUUAGAUAGAAAGAUUGAGAUCCCAUUGCCAAAUGAACAAUCAAGAAUGGAAAUCCUCAAGAUCCACGCAUCUGGUAUUGCCAAGCAUGGAGAAAUAGAUUAUGAGGCUAUUGUGAAACUUGGAGAGGGUUUCAAUGGUGCCGAUCUGCGUAACAUAUGCACUGAAGCUGGAAUGUUUGCAAUCAGAGCAGAGCGCGAUUAUGUAAUCCAUGAAGACUUCAUGAAGGCGGUGAGAAAGCUGAGCGAGGCCAAGAAACUUGAGUCGAGCUCUCACUACAACGCAGAUUUCGGGAAAGAGUAAGAAAAGAAGAAGCUCAGAGAAGAAGACAGAGCCUAAGGGUGGCAGUGAAAAACUCUGCUGCUGUUCACUUUGAAAAACAAGCUAAUGAUUCUGUUUCAGUUUCUGAAUGUUUUUGUUUCGAGGUUUUUAGUAUACAAAAGUUCUUGCUUUAGUAAUGACAGUAAUUUUAUAUGUUUA